AUCAAAAUGUAGACAAAAUUUUUAAAUGUAAAUAACAUAAUAAAAUAUAACAAAAUGCCUACUUUUCCUCUGGCUAUGAAGAGACGUCGACUGAAUGCUGAUGUUGGCUGCUCCGUGUUUAACGGCAUGGUAAUGGUAUCAUGACCGAAUUGAAAACAACACCAUCAGAGGAAUUAACUUUGUCGUCGAAAGGAUACAAAUUGACUAAAUUUAUAGGUGAAGGUGCUUACGCUCAGGUGUUUUUAACAGAGUACUCACCACAUGAAGGUGAUACCAAAACGACACUCGCUUGUAAAAUAAUCGAGACCUCCAAAGCUCCCAAGGAAUUCGUCGUGAAGUUUCUACCCCGCGAAAUUGACGUAUUAAUACGUUUAAAUCACCCUCAUCUCAUACAUAUUCAUAGUAUUUUUCAGAGGAAGACCAAAUACUACAUUUUCAUGCGAUUCAGUGAAAAUGGGGACCUUUUAGGGCAUAUCUUAAAACACGGAUGUAUGUCGGAGAAUCAAGCUCGAGUGUGGAUGCGACAGUUGGCACUCGGGCUGCAGUAUUUGCACGAACUGGAGAUCGCGCAUAGAGAUAUCAAAUGUGAAAAUAUCCUAUUGACGGCGAAUUUUAACGUGAAGCUUUCCGAUUUUGGGUUUUCGAGGUUUUGUGUGGACUUAGAAAAUCAGCCAACUUUGAGUGAAACAUACUGUGGGUCCAUGUCGUAUGCCGCUCCGGAGAUUUUACGCGGGAAGCCGUACGCGCCGAAGCAAUCGGACUUGUGGUCGCUGGGUGUGGUGAUGUUUGUGAUGCUCAACAAAGCCAUGCCGUUUGACGACACGCGAAUGCGGAAGCUGUACGAGCAGCAGAUGAGCAAGAAAUACCGAUUUCGGUCGCGUGUGGCGCCCAUGCUGUCAGUCGAGUGUAAAACAAUAGUGAACAAUCUCCUGGAGCCGGAUCCAGGCCUGCGAUACACGGCCGUGCAAGUGUUGAACUCCGAAUGGAUCGCUAUGGAUAGCAGGCUUACUACUAUGAAUGCAGUAGAAACGGCAGCUCUAAAGCGAGCUAAGGAGCAACACAGAAGAAUGUCAGACCCGCAUAAAAGUAUUAACAAAAGGCAGGGUGACAUAUUAAGCAAUCCACUCACAGAAUCUCAUCAUAGAAUAGAGUCAGAAGAAGAAAUAAAGUUGACUGGUUCCGAGCAAUUAACACUCGUAAAUCGCGGCUACAAGAUCAUCAAAAAACUCAACGAAGGUUCAUAUGCUAAGGUUUACCUCGCAGAGUACAAGAAUCCUAAUAAACAUGAUGCCAUAUCUGUUUUGGCUUGCAAAGUCAUUGACACUAGCGUGGCGCCGAAAGAUUUCGUGAAAAAAUUUUUACCUAGGGAAAUCGAUAUGUUAAUAAAAUUGAAUCACCCCCAUCUAGUGCACACACACAGUAUAUUUCAAAGAAGAGACAAGUAUUUUAUUUUUAUGCGAUAUAUGGAACACGGGGAUCUGUUAGAAUUCGUACUAAAGAAGGGUGCUAUUCUAGAGGAUCAGGCGCGGAUAUGGACGCGGCAGCUGGCGCUGGCCAUUCAGUACAUGCACGAGCUCGGCGUGGCCCACAGAGACAUCAAGUGUGAGAAUGUUAUGUUGACCGCCAAUCAGAACGCUAAACUUACCGACUUCGGCUUCUCCCGAUUAUGCAUCGACAGAAAGCUAAGGGAUAUUCAGAGUGAGACCUUUUGCGGCUCACUCUCCUACACUGCUCCUGAAAUACUCCAGGGAACACCUUAUUACCCAAAACCUGCGGACGUGUGGUCGUUAGGAGUUGUGCUCUACGUAAUGUUGAACAGGGCUAUGCCGUUUGAAGAUAAAAAUAUGAAACAGUUGUAUCAGGCGCAGGUCAAUAACAAUUGGAAAUUUCGUGCGCGAUGUCUUAACGUUCUGUCAGAUAACUGCAAGAGGCUAGUUGCGCGAAUGUUAGACCCGAAUUACCAACAAAGGGUCAAAAUUGAUGAUGUUAUAAAUGGCGAAUGGAUUGCGAUGGAUUCGAGGUUACUAGAAUGGACUGCGCAAGAAACUCAAGCUUAUAAGAAAGCUCAAGAGGAAAAAAGUGAGUUAUUGAAAAGGACCACGGCCCACGCCAAGAGUUCUAAUCAGGUGGACAACUCGAUCAUGAAGGUGAACUGCGAUCUUUAG